CUCGUACAUAAUUAUUUAAUUACAUAUGUUGAUUUAAUCUUCCUUUUUACUAAAUGUUUUCAUUUUUUUUUUCUCCGAAGCUUUAACUUAUACGCUGCAUCCCUCUCCUCCAUUGAAGCGAACUCUGAUUUCUCCAUUGGAACGGGGUCAUCACUCCUCCAUUGCAGCUCCUUUUGAGGGAUGUAUUCCUCCAGAGGAAGUGAUUCAUAUGGGCAGCAGUCCUACACUGCGCAAUCAUCUUAUGGGCAAAAUCCUUCAUCUGCAUAUCCUGGGAGUUCUGCUGGUGGAUCGACUAGCAGUUCUCAGUUGACCAUGGGGUCUCGACAUCCUUCGAUUUUGGGUGGUCCUCUUGAAUCAGAACUUGGUGGAUUUAGAGCUCAUCCUGCAGCAGCACAGUAUGGAGGACAAUAUGGUUCCUUAUAUGGCCAAUCUUCACUGAGUGCUGGUCAGCAGGGCACUUCUGCAAGUGUCAAGGGAUCUGGGCCAUCUACUAUGGAAGGACGUACUGGUUAUGGUUCAGGGAUAGCAGAUUCCCCAAAGUAUACCGCUAAGGACUAUGUGGCUGCUGCUAGCCAUGGAUAUGGCCACAAAUCUGAGCUCUUAAUUCCUGAUAAGAUGGCUGAUUAUGUAUCACUUGAAAGAAGGCAAUUUGCUGAAAGGCAGGGGGGUUAUAUGGGAAGAGAUCUGCCAGUUGAGGCUGGUGGAAGAUAUGCUGAUUCUGUUGGCUAUGCUCAUAAGUCUGAGAUGUAUGAUCGUCUGGAUCAGGCUUCAAUUCUUCGACAAGAGCAUAUGUUGAAAUCUCAGUCACUGCAAUCUGCUUCUCAUGAGGCUUCCAGACAAGCUGAUUAUCUUGCUGUAAGAAGUGGUACAUUUCGUCAUCCAGCCCAAGAGCUUGUGUCUUAUGGAGGAAGACUCGAGGCUGAUCCUCGUGUAUCAGCUGUUGGGAAUUCACCAUAUGGUGGACAACCAGCUCCUUCUAUCUUGGGAGCUGCUCCUCAGAGGAAUGUAGAUGAUAUUGUGUAUGCUCAAACUUCAUCAAAUCCUGGUUAUGGAGUAAGCCUUCCUCCGGGUAGGGACUAUGGCAUGGGGAAAGGGCUACAUGGAACUGCUCUUGAUUCCGACUUUCCCGGUAGCCUUUCAUCACGUAGUGGACUUUCAAGAGUGGAUGAUUUAAAAGACGAUAGAUAUCCUCGGGUACUUGAUGUGAGAGAAGAUGAGCGUCGCAGGGAGCAAUUGCGUGAUAAAGAACGAGAAAGAGAUAGGGAUCGAGAACGGGAACGCGAACGUGAUCGAGAAAAGGAGCGUGAAAGAAAGCGCCUUUUAGAGCUUCGAGAAAGGGAGCGUGAACGUGAACGUGAUCGUGAUCGUGAGCGCAAACGAGCACUUGAAAGCAGACGUGAUCGAACUCCACCAAAAUCAUCUAAGGAUCGCCGCGGUUCCUCAUUGACGAAGGAUGGAAAACCCUCAAGACGGGACUCUCCUCGCCGUGAAGCUCUUCAUAGGAUCCAUUCACCUGUUAGAGAAAAAAGGAGGGAAUAUACUUGCAAGGUUUACACUUCUUCUUUGGUAGAUGUGGAGAGGGAUUAUCUAUCACUAGAUAAGCGUUACCCAAGGCUUUAUAUAUCACCUGAUUUCUCAAAGGUGGUGGUUAAUUGGCCAAGGGUGAAUUUGAAACUUCCGAUGUACACUCCUGUCAGUUUUGAGCAUGACUUUGCGGAUGAUGCGAGUGGUGCAGUUCAGAAAGAGCUCUCUACAAAGCAUUCAGAUACAAAUACUGCUAAUCCAGAGCGUAGGGGCACAGUAUGGAAUGCAAAGAUGAUUUUGAUGAGUGGGCUUAGCAGGGGUGCUACAGAAGACCUCUGCUCUGAAAAGCUUUCAGAUGAUCGCAUACCACAUUUAUGCAAUUUACUUAGGUUUGCUGUGUUGAAAAAAGAUCGUUCCUUGAUGGCGAUUGGAGGCCCUUGGGAUGCUGUUGAUGGUGGAGAUCCAUCACUUGAUGAAUCUUCAUUAGUCCAUACAAUCCUCAGAUAUGCAAAAGAUUUGAGCCAUCUUGAUCUGCAGAAUUGUCAGCAUUGGAAUCGUUUCCUUGAGAUACACUAUGACAGAGUUGGCAAGGAUGGCCUGUUUAGUCAUAGAGAGAUUACUGUACUUUUUGUUCCAGAUCUUUCAGACUGUCUUCCUUCACUAAAUGUAUGGCGAGAGCAGUGGUUGGCACACAAGAAAGCUGUUGCGGGGCGUGAGAAGCAACUCUCUUUAGGAAAAGAGAAACCAAAGGACAAAAGAGAUCCCCCUAAAGCAGAAAGCAGCUCUCCACGAGAUUCUAAAAAAGCUGAGAAAAAGAAGGAAGUUGUGAACACAGAACAGGCAUCCAAUGCUCAUAAAGAAAAAGAUGGAGACUUGAAGAAGGCUAGCACGACUGAUAAAGAUGGAGAGAAAAGUGUCAAAAGUGCUGAGAAGAAAAAAGUGGAUGAACUGACUGAAGAAGAAGCUAACAAUGUAGAAAAGAAAGGGACAGGGGCUAACACUAGUGCUCAGAAGGGUGUGAAGCCUGCUAAGAAAAAAAUUGUUAGGAAAAUUGUCAAGCAGAAGGUUACUGACAAAGUAGUCACUGGUGAAAAUGGAGGUAAUGAUAAUAGUAAGUUGGAGGAUAAGCUUGUUGAACCUAUGGGUAUUAACUCAGAAACUGGUCAGCAGGACUCAUCACCUGCAAAUGCCACUGGUGUUAAAACUUUUACAAGAAAGAAAGUAGCAAAGAAGCUAUCAGAAGCUGAUGCUGCCGUGAAAGAAGUGGACAAAGAAUCUGGUUUAAAAAGUGAAAUAUCACCAGAUUCUUCUUUAAAUAAAUCAGAGGAGAAGAUAGAUGCUACUGGUAUCACUGUGGUGCGGGAUGGUCCUGUAAAAAGAGUAGUGAAAAGGAAAAUCAUCAAGAGGGUGCCAAAAAAGAAGGCCACUGGUGUAGUAGCCAAGACUGUGACUAGCCAGGAUGCUGGAAAGUUAGGUGGUAAUGUAGGUGAUGCUAAGGUAGAUGGAGACAAGAUAAGUGAGGGUGGAAACUUGGUAAAAUGUGCUUCUACAACACAACCUGGAGUAGAGAGCUCUCAAAAGCAUGAUGAUGGGGUGUCAUCUAGUAAAGUUGGGAAGAGUGCUGACCAGGUCAAAGUAAAGGAAGAAGAUAUUCCUGAUGAGAAGAAAGUUUCUGAGACUAAAAAUGAUCCUGUGAAAGACAUCCAAAUUGACUGCAAGGGAACAUCAAAGGUUAAGGCAAAGGUAGCAGAUGAGAAGGAGAGGAAGGAGAAGGAUAAAAAAGAUGAAUUACGAAGCAAAUCAAACAAAGAUUCGGAUCGAAAAAAAUCAGAUGAACCUCCUCGGCAUCCUGGGUUCAUUUUGCAAACAAAAAGUGGCAAGGAGACCAAACUGCGAUCAUUGUCACUUUCUCUGGACUCAUUGCUGGAUUAUUCUGACAAUGAUGUUGAAGAAGAGACAUUUGAGCUCUCAGUAUUCGCGGAGUCUUUCUAUGAAAUGCUUCAAUAUCAGAUGAGUUGUCGUGUAUUAACAUUUCUACAGAAAUUGCGCGUUAAAUUUGUCACCAAAAGAAAUAGACGGAAAAGAGAGAGGGAGCAAAAUGAUGAGAGAAAGGGAAAGGAGAAGGCAUCAACAAAGCGUUUGAAAACUGAAGAUAUUCCUACUGAAGAGAAGUCUAGUAAACCCAAGCAGAAAGAUGAAACUAUUUCUAGUGAUGAGAAGCUGAUGCCUGAGGAGGAUGACAAGGUUGUAAAGGGUGAUGAAUUAGAAAAAACUGAUGAUGCUGAAAAGGAUAUAGUAGAAGAUGAUGAAGAAAUGAUUGAAGAGGAGGAUCCAGAGGAAGAUCCAGAGGAAGAUGAUGAAGAUGGUGAAGAUGAUGAAGAUGAUGAAGAUAUGCAUGAUGCAAGCCUUCAGAAAGACUCCUCCAAGGAGAAUAUUGAGUUGGGAAAUAUUGAUGCUGAGCAGGAUCAGAAACAGGAUGAUGGACAAGAUGCAAAAAAGCAAGUUGCAGAAGAUAAUGCCUCAUCCAGUGAGAAAAAAGCUGGCAGUGAUGCAGAGGCCAGUAAACAAAAGGAAGCCAGAGCUGAGAUUUCAAAGAAAGCUUCAGCUGAUAAAGCACCAGUGGACAAAGAACUAUUACAGGCAUUUAGGUUCUUUGAUCGAAAUAGAGUUGGCUACCUCAGGGUGGAAGAUCUGAGGGUGCUAAUCCAUAAUCUUGGAAAAUUUUUCUCUCACCGGGAUGUGAAGGAACUUGUGCAAAGUGCUUUAUUGGAAAGCAAUACAGGACGGGAUGACCGUAUACUGUACGAGAAGUUGGUGAGAAUGUCUGUUGACAUGGAUAAGUAAUUGCUGUUUGGAAUUCGAUUUGAUGUAGCUGUACAAUGAUGCUUAUAUACCUAACCUUAUAUCGUUUCAAAUGAGGCAACGAUAGUUCUGAAUGGUAAUUAUUUUCAGAUAGAAGCAGGUAUUUGGGUAGUAGUUUCAAAAUUUGUUGGCACUCAGGUGGUAAAUUAUGAAAUUUUUUGGUUAUAGAAUUUGUGGAGUUGUGUUUGUCAGAUUUCAAUUUAUCAAUUUUGAUAUUGGAUUGAAUAGUUGCAGAAAUUUGAAUCAGGUAACACCGUAAUAUCUCCAGUUGAACUUACAUUAUUAAUCGUCA